AUACAACCAUUGCUGUCACAGAUUGCACCAAUAAACGCAUUCUUUCUGGUUACGUCACUGGUGACGAAUGCGUAUGCGCACGCUUUUGGGACUUUUGUGUUAACGCCGCUAUUGGCAAUCCUCGCAUGUAGAACUGUUUAAAAGGGUUUUGUUUUGUUAGUGAGGAAUAAACACGUGGAAAAUCUGCAGACAUGGCGGCUGUUGCAGCUGCAAAAGUUCAAGAAGUUCGUGAAAUCACAAGGAUAGAGAGAAUUGGUGCACAUUCUCAUAUUAGAGGUUUAGGCUUGGAUGAUAGUUUAGAACCUCGCCAUGUGUCGCAAGGCAUGGUUGGUCAGCUUAUGGCACGGAGAGCCGCAGGUGUUGUCCUUGAAAUGAUCAAGGAUGGUAAAAUAGCAGGCAGAGCUAUAUUGUUGGCAGGCCAACCUGGAACUGGAAAAACUGCCAUUGCCAUGGGAAUGGCGCAAGCUCUAGGAAUGGAUACUCCAUUUACUUCAAUGGCAGGUUCAGAAAUAUAUUCUUUGGAAAUGAGUAAAACCGAAGCUCUUACUCAAGCUAUUAGAAAGUCCAUCGGUGUAAGAAUCAAAGAGGAAACAGAAAUUAUAGAAGGUGAAGUAGUCGAAAUACAAGUGGAUAGACCUGCUACAGGUAUAGGUGCUAAAGUUGGUAAACUAACACUGAAAACAACGGAGAUGGAAACAAUCUACGAUCUAGGAAACAAAAUGAUCGACAGUUUGAUGAAAGAAAAAGUACAAGCUGGAGACGUGAUUACAAUCGACAAAGCCACAGGAAAGAUAAAUAGACUGGGAAGGUCAUUUACUAGAGCUCGUGACUAUGAUGCAACUGGUUCUCAAACUCGCUUCGUACAAUGUCCCGAGGGUGAAUUACAAAAACGCAAAGAAGUCGUACACACGGUAACUUUACACGAAGUCGAUGUUAUUAACAGCAGAACCCACGGAUUUUUGGCGCUGUUCUCUGGCGAUACAGGAGAAAUUAAAUCCGAAGUACGAGACCAAAUAAAUGCGAAAGUCGCUGAAUGGCGCGAAGAAGGAAAAGCAGAAAUCGUUCCAGGCGUUUUGUUCAUCGACGAGGUUCACAUGCUCGACAUCGAGUGCUUCUCGUUUCUUAAUCGAGCACUCGAAAAUGAAAUGGCACCAGUCGUUAUUAUGGCUACGAAUAGAGGUAUUACUAGGAUCAGAGGAACGAAUUACAAAAGUCCGCAUGGUAUUCCAAUAGAUCUGUUGGAUCGUAUGAUUAUCGUUCCAACGAGUCCGUAUCAAGAAAAAGAAUUGAAAGAAAUUCUAAAGAUAAGGUGCGAAGAAGAAGAUUGCGAAAUGGCGGAUGAUGCUCUAACCGUUCUUACCAGAAUCGCAUUAGAAACUUCAUUGAGAUACGCGAUUCAGUUGAUUACUACUGCUUCUCUCGUUAGCAGGCGAAGGAAGAGUACGGAAGUCAAUAUCGAUGACGUGAAACGUGUUUACCAGCUAUUCCUCGAUGAAAGUAGAUCUACGCAGUUUCUCAAAGAAUAUCAAGAUGAUUUUAUGUUCAAUGAAAUUCCGGAAGAACCGAUGGAAAUAUCGUAACGAUAGGUAAAUAAAUAAAUUUGAACGCGAAUGUUGUUCAAUAAAGUUUAUAAUUUUCUACUUAUUAAUUCUUUUCAAUAUUUCUUCAAAAUGUUGGGCAGAUAUACAUAAAUGUAAUGUAUAAACAUUAUAAUAGCAGAAACGACGUACUAUAGUUCAAAUUAAAUAUAAAAACUUAACAAAUUCUGUCUUCAUACUCGCUACAGUUUGGUCUUACAGCGUUUGAUUUUUCUUACGAUUAUUAAUAAAUUCAUAACGACAGAGGUAAUUAACUCUAACAUUAAUCGUCGAGGUAAAUUAGUUUUUGGCGUAAAUUCUCUGUUACUGCGUGAAACGCAACUUUUGAAAUCUGUCGUACAUUUAAAAUAAAUCCGAGAUUUGCUUACAAUCUAUAACUUCGACAUUAUAUGUAUAUAUAUAUACAUCACCGUACGAUGUUAAUGAAUAUAUACCGCUUCAUCGAUGACAGACUACGAUACGAAUAAAGCCAAUCUGGAACCAGUACGUAUAUUUCGUACCUUUACGUUUUCUUCUCUUGGCUCUUCUUAACUGUAAGAAGACGAUAUUCAUUGUUCCUUUCAUCGGAUAUACAUGUAUACAAAUACAUACAUAGUUUCGCAUAAA